UCCCCUCAUUCUCUUGCUAUCGUCCGCGCCACUUAUUACGCAGCAGACUGGCAACACAACAUUUGCUGUUAAACCUAGUCUGUUAUCUUUCAGUACAAAAGCUUUCGUAAGACUGAGACAAGGGAUGCCAUCUGGACUUGAUUUGGGUGCCAGCAACUAAGGGUUUUGUUUUUUUCGUCCGGGGAAAACAGGAAAGGUGCUCACGUUCGGAUGCUCAGCUGGCACGGGCAUUUUUUUCCCCUGGCAAGAAAGACGGCGGGAGAUGCUACUGGAGUUGCCUUUGCGCCGUUCCGCUCUCUCUGACACUCUGGCUUUAAUCUUACCUUGGGACAAGACAUUUGGCGAAUGGAGAUGUGAAGAGGCUUAAAGUAUGGCAUGCAAAGAUGGUUUCUGUCAAGAAGGAGAUGGUGACUGCGAUGUACCCCAGUUACAUUUCGGCUCUCUUUUACUUUUUCUGCCUGACUACUUGUGUAAAGAGGAUCUCUGGAACAAUAAAAAAGGAUGAGCGAAUAUAUCCCGAGAAUUUCACACGAAUUUUAGACAGACUUCUGGAUGGGUAUGAUAACAGACUGCGACCUGGAUUUGGGGGUCCAGUGACAGAGGUGAAAACGGACAUUUACGUGACCAGUUUCGGGCCUGUCUCUGAUGUCGAAAUGGAGUACACCAUGGACGUGUUCUUCCGACAGACAUGGGUGGACAGGAGGUUGAGGUACGAGGGACCGGUCGAGAUCCUGCGACUCAACAACAUGAUGGUCACCAACGUGUGGACCCCGGACACCUUCUUCAGGAACGGCAAGAAGUCGGUGGCCCACAACAUGACUGCCCCCAACAGGCUGUUCCGCAUCAUGAAGAAUGGCACCAUUCUUUACACCAUGAGGUUGACAAUCAGCGCAGAGUGUCCUAUGAAGCUGGUGGACUUCCCUAUGGAUGGACAUGCAUGCCCUCUCAAAUUUGGAAGCUAUGCUUAUCCUAAAACAGAGAUGAUCUACACCUGGACUAAAGGACCACAGUAUUCAGUGGUGGUUCCUCCAGAGUCCUCUAGCCUGGUGCAGUAUGAUCUGAUUGGCCACACUGUCAGCUCUGAAGAGGUCAAGUCAAUCACAGGUGAAUAUGUGGUGAUGACAGUGCACUUCCACUUGAAGAGGAAGAUGGGCUACUUCCUGAUCCAGACGUACAUCCCCUGCAUCAUGACAGUAAUCCUCUCCCAAGUUUCCUUCUGGAUAAAUAAAGAAUCGGUCCCGGCUCGAACAGUCUUCGGCAUCACCACUGUCCUGACCAUGACCACACUGAGCAUCAGCGCUCGCCACUCCCUGCCCAAGGUCUCCUACGCCACGGCCAUGGACUGGUUCAUCGCUGUCUGUUUCGCCUUUGUCUUCUCCGCCCUCAUCGAGUUUGCUGCCGUCAACUACUUCACCAAUGCGGAGAUGGAGCGACUAAGAAGGAAGCCGCCAAAGUGCCCACCAGCCCCACAAACAACCCCAGUGAAGGUGAAGGAAGUGGAGGAAGUUCUGCAGCAUAACCCUGACACGAAUGGUAACCUGCGAAAACGAAUGAACUACAUGCAAGACGGACAGAAAGCAGAGUACAACAGCGACAGUAAAGCAACAGCAACCGGAGCCACCGGGAAACAGGCCCAAUCUGGCCAUUCGUCUUCUGCCGCCGGGCCAGCUGGCCCCACCAUCACCCUAUCACACUCCAGCCCUGGCCCGGCCAGUCUGUCCGACACCGCCUCCACCCUGUCCGUCAGGAACACUCCUCCAGCUCCGCCCACUACCCCGACGAUGCCGGUCAACCAGAUCCAGCUAGCUGCCGACUCGUCCUCGCUCCAGAACCUCCUGGGUCCGAGACUGGAGCAUAUUCAGCUGAUGGGCAAGAAUGAGCCCAAGCAGUCACCCUGCACCCAGCCAACAGCCACCGGAAUGGGUGGGACCAGUAAAAUCGACAAGUACGCUCGCAUCCUGUUCCCAGUGUCCUUUGGGGUGUUCAACAUGGUCUACUGGGUGGUGUAUCUGUCCAAAGACACCAUGGAGGCAAAAUUUAGAGGCCAGAUCUAGUUUCAGGUUUGUCUUGUGGGGAUUUUUGUAAUAAUUUUUCCGAUGUGUGCAAAAUGAGAAGAGAACAGCAUCUCCAUUGAAUCUUGUUUGAGAUUGAAUAAGUAUUCAACUUACAAGAAAACUGAACAUGCCGAAGACCCUCAAAAGAUUACAGCCAGGAAUACUACAUUUGUUUGUUUAAAUAACUAGAGGUCUAAUGUGGAUUAGAAUGGUACCAAAACCGUAUUAGCAUUUCAAUAGGUCUGAAUGGAACAGACAUCACAAAUGUCCUCUUAAGGCCCUGGUCAACAUGCAAUGCAGUUACAUAUGGUUACAUUAAUGGAUUGGUUAGUUGAUUUAAUUAAUAUCGGUACUUACCCAUGCUGAAGAGAAAUACAGCAAUGCCUGAUCUUAGAGGAAAAAACUACGACUGAUCCUCCUGGCCUUCGCGUGCAUUGCUACAAAGUAAGGAACAAACAAUACUGGACCCCAUGUUCUCUGGAAAAUAAUGCACAAUGUGAAAGAUGUGUUGCAGAACCCGUGAGAACCUGGACUGAGCACACCACGAGGUGUCAAGAACAACGGAGACACUUGACCACAAGGAUGGCAAGGGCAGGUAUAUAUCUGGAUAGGUUGUCUUUUCGUUCUGGCAUCAGAAGAAGAUCCAUUUUGUUCACUCAAGUCUAAUUAUUUCUCGUUAGUGCGUGAAGCUCUGCUGACUAACAUUUAUGAGGUCACUGUACAUAAUGGCCUACUAACUUUUCUCAGUGUUGUACACAACAUUUUCAGAGGAUAAUGCUCCCCCUAUUUGUCAUUAUCUCAAGUACAUUCCUUCCAAAAAGCAUCCCAUGUUUUUACUUGGAUGCAUUUUACGAUACAGGAUACAUUUAGAACAUAUUUUUUUCAAAUAAUUGAAAUAUAAAAAAAUGUAAUGCAUAGCUUAUGUUAUGCAUUUUGUAAAUGUAUCUGGAAUAGAUUUGUAUGGAAGUAUAUCAUUUGGGGAAAUUUCACAGUAGACAAUAACAUCUUUGCUUGAUCAUUCAAAGUGUUUUUCCUUUUACAGUCUCUGAACAACUGUGUAUUGAUGUAUUAACUAAUCAGCGUUAUUCUUUCAUGUUAACUGACAAAGAAUAUUUAUUGUGAAACAGGUGAUUUUUUACGGGAUCAUUUCCUUAAGUUUGGGAAUGUUUAUAUCCUAGCCAUUGAUUCGUGUUUUUUCAUGGGGCUUUUGUGAAUGGUACCUGUUAUUGGGCAUCAUGUAUUGCCGAGGGCAAUGAAUGUGCCACUCCCAACUUGUGAGCUUGUACCAUUGGUCUCAAAUGCCAUCACCAUGAGUCCAUCAGGAGUGCUCCCAGACAUUACUUGAAAUGGGAAAUUACAGUUUACAUGUAAUUCUGUCUGUAACUGGCGUUAGCCUUGAGCCAUUUCAUAGGCUGGCGGUAAGACUAGCGCUUACAGAUUUGGGCUAGCAACAAACUAGUCGGAAAAUCUUUUGAUGCAGUUAACGGUAAUUGUUCCAGGGCGGUCGUUGAUAAUGCUAGCCUUGGUUGUGACCCCAUUCUCUAAGGGUGUCUCAGGGAUGGUUGAGAUAUGCAAAAAAAAAAUACAUUUCAUGUCUACAAAUGGAGACUGUCUGUUAUUAAUACAUGCUCAGUGGUAACUCUGGACACAAUUUUACAGAUAAGUUAAAUCAUUCUGUUUUACACUUCGAUGCCAUGUUUACAGAUUCCAUCCAACCAUCUUGUGGUAAAACUGUACAUAGGUGUCUCCCAGAGGGUUUUUCCCUUCUUGAGUUAUCAGGUGAGGUCAUUUUACCCGCAAACUAAUGCUUGUGAUUAAUCUGAUUUGUGGUGUCCUGCAACACAAAUACCUAUUAUUACCCAAAUGGGUCAUACAUAGUAGGCUCCUUAGUCACUCUUUUCAUUUCCUGGCAGGUAGGCAGGGUUGAACAGAGGGAGGCUGGGAGACAGAUCAACAAGUCUGCCUCAGACUCAUGUCUGCUCAAAGCACCCAAUUGUGAAAUUGAUUCUGCCCUCUGCCAACCAACCAUGCUGAUACACACACACAAAAACACACACUAAAGAACUUCUUAACAGCAAGUGCUCUGAUGUUAUGAUGCAUUGGAUUCUAUAGUCUCUGUGGUCCUAUCCAGCUCAGUAAUACACCAUGGUGAUUGAUCUGGGGGUCAACAAUAAGAAAUAGUUGAGAACUGGGGAUAAGAGAGGAAAUGAGACAAGAACAGUUGAGAACUGGGGAUAACAGAUGAGAACAAAUGAGAACAAAUGAGAACAAAUGAGAACAGAGGAGAACAAAUGAGAACAGAGGAGAACAAAUGAGAACAGGGGACAACUGGGGAGAACCGUGGAGAUCUGAUGAAAACAGACUAUUGCCCUUGUUGUCACUGUGGAUGUGGCUGACUGACUACGACUGAUGCUACAGCCUCCUCCAGGGUGUUUCGGGACACCAGAAAGGGAGGAAGAGAUGUAAUUGCCCUCAAUUAAGAAACUUGUUAAAAUGAUUAACAGGCCCUUGGUCUGCUGAAUGUCUUAGAUAUCAAAAUGAUGAGAAGGACCAGAUCUGUUGAUGAGUUUUGAUAUCUCACUUCAAGGGCCACUUUCGCAUGCACACUUUCACAGAAACAAAUCAAGCCUAGUCCUAGACUG